AUGGAAGUGAUCAAAGCCAACACUCGACUUUCUUCUCUUCAAGAAUUCCUUUCAUCAAUACUGGGACGGUGUGUCCGCCACGGAAGCAUCGACCUGGUGAAAUAUCUCCUAGAGUCUGAAAGGGCACCUGUUGAGUCCCUAUCGCCUCUUGCUGUCGCCGCAAACUCCUCCAUUCCCCUGCUAGAGCUGCUUGUGUCUCAUGGAUGGGACCUCAAUAAGGCUGAAGUUUACAGAUCCCUUAAGCGGGGAGAUAAGUUGAUCGACCUCGUCUGCGACGAUCAUCAGCUGGUUUGCUGGUUGGUCGAACAUGGCGCACGGGUCACGGAUGGCGAUGUGGACCUCUACGAGGUCUUCCCGCAGCCGGCUCCAUUACUAGAGACGUGCGCUGUCAGAGGUUCCGUGGCAACCUUCCGGUUCUUACAGAGCAAAGGGGCAUUGCUGGGCCACCGGACUCUUCACCGAGCAGCCGCGGAGGCGGCAUCAUUUGGUGUAGACCCUUUCACUUGUCAAGAAGUUCAUGAUGAGACAGCUGGCGAUGAAGCCAGGAUAAGAAAGGAGCGAGCAGAAAUGCUGGUGUUUCUUGUGGAUGAGAUGAAAUUGGACAUCAACGCGAUGGAUUCUACUGUACCAUAUCGUGCUUACCAUUGGGGGACUCCUCUAUGCUACGCUGCCGUGAAAGAGAAGGGAGCUCAUGUGGUAAGGUGGCUGCUUGAGAAGGGAGCUCAGCCCAAAGUUGAGACUGCACAGAAUGUUGCUGACGCAGAGAUGUUGGCGAAGCUGACGGGAUGCACAGAGAAUGCGAGAAUAUUGCGUGAGUGGAAGGAGAUACACUAA